AUGGCUCAGGCAAGUUAUGUUCUCCACGGUAUCUGCUUCUUGAUUGAAAAUGGAUUAAGCCAUCGCGUCUUCAGUUGCAAGUGCAUAACCCUUGGCUUGGAUGGUAUAGCCUGUCUGGAGGAUUGCCUAGAAGCUCCAUCCACCGAAGCCGAGACCGUAUACAUUGCGACUCUGCCAUCUAUAACAAUGCAACUGAUGCAGAAAUAUGAGAAGGAAGAGGGGGUUAUCGGCAUUGAUGACCUCGAUCGCUGGCCGGUGGAUUCCGAAGCGUUUGCUUUUCUAUCAGCCACUGUAUCAACUAGGUCUAUUGCCUCGUUGCAGAAGAACGUUUUGGUGUCAAAUAGACAUGAGCCUCGAAAACUUGUUGUCUUGGCGAGACUUGUUUUAAUAGACACUCAAAUUUUGUGCAUACAUGAAUGA